GAGCCAAUGUUUUGAGAGCGCUCAACUUCAAAAGUUUUUCUCCCACAAAAGGGUUCGCGCCAGAAUGUGAAUGAUAUUAUUUUCAACCUGUCAGCAAUUUCAUUCCAUUUUGAAUUGCUAAAAAAAUCUUUCGACAUGACAACAAGUGUCAGAAUUCCCGGAACUUCUGUUCUGAAUUCGAGAGGAUGUUAUUGGGGAGAAUGAGGUGAUCUCUUUUUCCAUUUCGUUUUCGAAACAGGUGGAAAUAAAUUUUGCGUUCCUUCCUGCAUUGUGAAUAAUUGCAUUUUAUAUCAAAAGUUUAUAAACUUUUAUAAUUGGUAAAUCCCUUUCAUUUGUUUGUACAUCGGUUCUACACUUAAACUAUAUAUAUACGUUUUUAUUAACGUUUAAAGGAAGAAAAAGUUUCAGAUGGAUUGAGCGUAAAGACGUUGUAAAGAGCUUUUAAUAAGCGUUACAGACAUAUUCAUGGAAGAAGAUUUUAAAAUUUUGUUAGAAAUUCUACAAACAUUUUAGCAUUUGUGGAAAGCCUCAGCCAUUAACUAAACAUGACAAUUUAAACAAAAAUUUAUCAAUUCAAAAUUAGGAGUUUCUUAAAUAUAUGUGCAUAAAAGAAUUGUUGAUGAAAAUAAAAAUUCACAAUAUUUUUAAGGACCGAAAUGUAGUUAUUUUAGAAGACAAGGAAAAACCUGUUGUUCUAACGGAUUUAGAAAUUUGAAGUUCUAAAGGAUAUGUGUAAAGGGAAGAUGGUCGUGUUCAUCAGUUUAAUAUCAUUAGUUCUCUUCAUUAUAUUCCAGGUAAACGCCAGUGAGGCCAUCGAGAUGUUGAUACCUGAUAAUGAGACGGACUUGUUGCUGUCCUGCAGAACAGAGCGAGGUUUCUAUUUGCCCUUGGACGUGUACAGACAAGACACUUGUGCCAGAUGCUAUUUCUAUCUGCCGCCAUUUGCAUUCCACAAUGAAGAUGCCAGGUUACGUUAUGACGAGUACACUGGAUUACUAGUGGAUCCCUUGACGAAUCAAUCUUAUACUGCUGAUCCAGAGAAUCUUACUCAUCCCGUUUACGAAUCAUUUCAGUCGGAUUUGUUCGCACGGAAAUGGAUUGCCUGCUGCAGGGCUGCCCUUCACUGUUGCAGGAAGAUGCUGUCCGAACCAUGGCAAUUCGACAACGAUACCAUCCUCUGCCCUCGUACUUGGGAUGGUUGGCAGUGUUGGCCAGAUACUCCAGCUGGUCAAGUGGUCCAAGGUCUAUGUCAAGAGCAUGUGUACUUCAGAAGUGAACCUCCUACUUGUCCCAAGCAUGCUUUUAAGCACUGCCUGGACAACGGUUCUUGGUAUGUCAAUGAUCGGAAUAAGGAAUGGACAAACUACAGCAGCUGUGGAAGAAUUGAGGGAAUGAGAAGGUUACAGUAUUUUCACAUCAUUACGUAUGCAAUUUCAAUACUCUUCCUGCUUCCAGCACUCCUCAUUUUUGCAUUUUACAAGCAACUUCAAGUCUACAGAAUAACGAUGCACAAGAACCUGUUUAUGGCCCUUGUUCUGAAUGCGCUGAUGUGUAUCACCUUCAAGUGUUUUGUCAUUCUAGAAGAAAUGGAUAGCCCCGGAAAUAGAAUCACAAUUUUAGAAGAAAACGGGAUGGGUUGUAAGAUAUUGUAUGUGAUAACAAAAUACACACGCAUGACAACAUACAUGUGGAUGUUUUGCGAAGGAUUUUAUCUACACAAACUGAUAGCAGCAUCUUUUGCAGAGCAGAAGUCUCUCAAAAUGUUCUAUUUUAUAGGAUGGGUGUUUCCAGUAUUCCCUGUUGGAACGUUUUCGUUUCUCAGAUGGUAUUUCGCUGACGAAGAAUGUUGGGCCAUUCCUGUGAAUCCAUAUGAAUGGGUAACUAAUAGUCCGAAUUUGCUUAGUCUAGUCCUCAAUUUCGCAUUUUUGUGUAAUAUUAUUCGUGUCCUUGUGACGAAACUUCGAGCUACGCACACUAAUGAACCUAGUCAAUUUAGGUAAGUUAUAGGCUACUAGUGUACUUGAGUAUCUUUCAUAUGUAUUUACUAAAAUGUUUUCAACCAAUACAGCGUUACGAAUAAGCUAUGCUCGAUCACCCAAACUAGUGCAAAAGCGUCGCGAGAAAAAAUUUCCUUAGUCUGGUCAUAUUCUAUAGAAAAUGGCAUUCAAUAAUGUUAGUCUUAGAUUUUUCUAACACUGAAUUGGUUAAAUUUUAAUUUCAAAGCAACUUAUGAACUUUUAACUGUGCACAUUCACCAUUUAUUUCUCUUAUAAUAAGAGCUGUUUCUCUACUAAGUAGGCGGUUCGUUUCAAUUAGAAAUAAAUAAAACACUCCCUUAAGUUUUCAAAUAUUUAUUACCAGAAUCUUCCAGAAAAUAGAGAUAUUUCUAGCACUUAAUUACAGCUCAAAUAACAGUGCACACACACAAGCUUUUAACCUCAGAUGGUUUAAUGAACUUACACGUAAAUGCAAUCGACACUAUUGCAAUCACAAACAGACUAACAAUCCCUCUACAGCCUCUCCUUAAACUUGAUCUGAGUAUGUAUUUGGUAUCGUAGGUAGUAGAGCGACUUUAUUAAUAGCAGUAGGUAGCGGAUCGUAGAGCGACUAUAUUAAUAACAGUAGGUAACAGAUCGUAGGGCGACUGUCUUAAUAGCAGUAGGUAGCAGAUCGUAAGGUGACUGUCUUAAUGGCAGUAGGUAGCAGAUCGUAGGGCGACUGUCUUAAUGGCAGUAGGUAGCAGAUCGUAGGGCGACUGUCUUAAUAGCAAUAGGUAGCAGAUCGUAGGGCGACUGUCUUAAUAGCAAUAGAUAGCAGAUCGUAGGGCGACUGUCUUAAUAGCAAUAGGUAGCAGAUCCUUGAGCGACUGUCUUAAUAGCAGUAGAUAGCAGAUCGUAGGGCGACUCUAUUAAUAGCAGUAGGUAGCAGAUCGCAAGGCCACUCUAUUAAUAGCAGUAGGUAGAAGAUAGUAGGCAGUAGGGCGACUCUAUUAAUAGCACUACGUAGUAGGACGACUGUAUUUAUAGCAGUGGGUAACAGAUCGUAGGUAGUUUAGCGACUGUAUUAAUAUCAGUAGGUAGUAGUGCAACUGUAUUAAUAGCAGUAUGUACUAGAUCGUAGAGACGCUGUAUUAAUAGCAGUAGGUAGAGAAUCAGUAUGCGAGAAUUUGCAGAAGCAGAUAUUAAGUUUAUACUUAUUGUCUAUCCUCAAUCUGUGUUAAAGUUAUGUAUAAAUAUAAAGGGUGGAAUACUUCAGAGUCAGGGAUCGCCUAUGGUCAUUUCCCCUUUCUGGGAGUAUCCCUACAAAAAUUGGAAAGGGAUUAUUUAUAAUAACUGGAAAGCAAGGGCGGCUGUAUUUGGUCCCAAUAAUCAUACAAGCUUUUAUCUCUUUUAAAAUCUGUUAGCUGAAAUAAAAAAAAUUG